CAGGGUCUGCAGAUGCGGAGGAGUCACGUUGCGUGGCAUGCACAAUGUUGGAGUCGGGUGGGUCCCAUUCAUACGGGGCACGCCAACGCAGCGGAAAACAUGCUGCCGGACCUGGCAUUCUCUGAUAGUCUGGACGGAGAAAUUACUGACAAUCCAAAAAAGAAGAAGAAGAAGAAGAAGCGCAACGAUUUCUCGCCGUCCUAGAAGAAGCGGCAGUGGGAGUCACGAGCAGAUUAUUUUUCUGACCAUGAAGAGCUCGCUCUGCCCAGAUCACCAUUCGAGAUAGAUUCCUGGUCCAUGCUCUCGGGCAGCGACGGGACGCGCUGCCGACUCCGGAAAGAAUUCUGGGGAUAUUCUGCUUGUGCACGGAAUCGGAGACCAUGCAAGGGCUGAGAUUUGAUUUGACCCGAAGAGUUUUGAGCUGAAUUCUCAAGGUGGGGAAGACGCGAUGUCUCGUAAAGGUACGCCAUAUUCAAGUCGCACUCCCUCGAGGAGCCCGUCAUCAGAAAAAAUCAGAGGCCGGUAUGUUUCACGAGGCCUUGCAGCGAGUCCGAAAUUACGUCGUAGACACAAAUCUGCCACCCCGUCUCCGAGGUCUCGAUCCGGCUCUCAAUCCAGGAGCCAGUCCAGAUCGUCCUCCACGGGGAGAAGUGCUCGCCGAUGCUGCCGAUCGGUGUCCCGAUCGCCGUCUCGAUCCCUCUCUCGUUGUCGCAGGUGCUGCAGAUCUUCCAAACGCUGCCAAUGCAUGCCCACGUGCUGUCUAGGCGUGGCCCUCCGCCGCCUCUGUCGAGUGAGGCGCAAACUUCCACCCCCCACCCCGUCCAGAUCUACUCGACCGAAACCCGUAGCGCCAGCUCUCGUCCACCGUCCUAGCCGAAGGAGAAGAUGGAAAUUCUGGCCCCGUGUCAGCUGUUUGGGAAAAAAGAAGACGGUGGUCACCAACAAAAAAUGAUCAUGGACACGGCUUUUCUUUGUACCUUCCACACGUCCAGGUCUUCGGUUAUCUUGUUCCAGCUCCAGGAUCCUUGCCUACCUUGACAUGAUUGAUUGACACGGGCGCCCCUCCCCUCCCCUGCCCUCCACUCCCCUCUCCUGUGCUGCGCUGCACGGGCUUCCAUCUCCAAAGCACGUGUGUCCUGCGGUGAGAUCCGGUCCUUUCCAACGACGACUACAAUGAACAUAUCCCGAUGUCAGUAGGUUUCAACGAGAUCUGCAGUGAUUCCAAGUGUAUAGCACGGCAGAAAGCCAGAUUGAAAUCUGCGUUGGAGUACAGGUUGCAUGCCAGAAGAGGAAGCGACCAUUGCUCGGUGAUUACAGUCUGGAAAGCGUCCUGAUCCAGAGGUAAUUGUAGGGCGUAGACCUGCUUUUUGCGGAAUGCGAACAACCUGAUCGGAACUAUUGUGAACUUUGUGCUUCUCGUCUUGGUCAUGGUUUCAUUUUAAAUAGAUGUCAUGAAGAAUUACACAUGUUCUGCGCUUGUCCUUCUCGAGAAAAUGAAUCUACUGCAGGAUCAGGUAUGAAAUUGCACUUGGGUGUAUUUAAUUCGAUGUCUUCAUAUUUUAUGCAGUGAGUAUUCUAUCUGUCAUAUUAUUGAGACACACGUAUCCACACAUUUUUAAAUUCAUUCUCAUAGUCUAUAUCU